AUGGGCCGGACUGUCGACCAGGAGGUGCACGCGGCGUUUGUCGAAUUCCGUGCCAAGGAAGAUGACAAGUGUCUUUCCGUGCAAUGCAUCUACUGCCAGCAGAUUCGCGCAAAGAACACCUCGCGACAGAAGCAACAUCUUCUGGAGUGCCCCGGUCUUCGUGGUCACCCCAAUGCUCCCCAGCCAAACCAGCCUUCGCAAGCCCCCAACGGCAUCCCCUCUUCCAAUGGCUAUCCCGGUACUCCCAGUGGCCCGACGGCCACUCCAGGGCCUGGUGGCCCUGCCACCAUGCCAACUCCCAAUGGCAACCUCAUGUCCAACGGAGUGAACCCGCAUGCCACACCUCUUCAAACGCCUCUGCAGAACCUGAACCGGCCUCCGAUGGCAACUCCGGGCCCGCCAACGGGCCCUUCGGGCUCUGCGCCGCCGUCAGCGGCGCCAUCACGGCCAACUCCCAAGCCCAAAUCCAAGAGCGCGAACUCAAAUCUUCCUGCGCCGCCGUUGGAUGAUGUGCACGCGGCUUUUGUUGAAUUCCGCGCCAAGGAGGAAGACAAGUGCCUUUCUGUCCAAUGCAUCUACUGUCAACAAGUCCGCGCCAAGAACACGAGUCGUCAACGCCAACAUCUGCUCGAGUGCCCGACGUACCUUAGUGUCAUGAAAGACUCGAUUCCCGCGAAUAACCUCCUGCACACGUUCCCCGAAGGUGACGUGGCACGAUCCCUCCAGAUCCCUGCGCCCACUUUGGAGCUGGACUUCAGGAUGAGCAUCAAAAUGAAUCCCAAAGUUACUGUGGGGCAGAGCAUCUGGGGUGGUCGGGAAUGGGUGUCAUUUUUGGGUGGCCAGUGGGCCGGCCGUUGGGGCAAGGGUAUUGUUCUGCCCGGUGGUCAAGAUACUCAAAUUGUGACGAAGGACUACACCACCAAUCUUCGCGCGAGCUACAUGCUGCAGACUGCCGAUGAGCCGCCUGCUUAUGUGAUUGUCCGGGCCCAGGGAUGGCUUACCGGUGCCAAGGACGUUCUCGAAAAGGUCAACGACACCACAAUGGCCGAUGGUAUCAACCCCAGCAGCUACAAGUACCGCAUCAACCUAUCCAUGGAGACUGGUGAUGAGCGAUAUACUUUCCUGAAUACUCUGAUGUGGGUCGGCAGCGGAUGCCGACGAGGACAAGAAGUGAUCUUCGAUGCGUUCCGUAUCAACUAA